AUGACUGGAGAGGGGACUAACUGUUAUCUUAUCGGCAGUGGGCAGCGCAGAGUUUUACUUGAUACAGGAUCGCCGAAUGAGGAGUCCGUUGUUAAGUCGCUGACUCAAGUCCUUGAGGCCGAAAAGUGUGAGAUCGAUAAAAUCAUCAUCUCCCACUGGCACUUCGACCAUAUCGGCGGAGUUGAGGCAAUCCAGCGAGAAAUUUGUGGCGACAUUCCUCUGUUCAAGCAUAAACGAGUGCCUUACCCGAAGGUUUAUAAAGGCGCAGGAGAGAAGAUGCCUUCUGGCGUAAAAAUACCGAAAUUCGAGGAACAGUUUUGGAAUUUUUUGACGGAUGGGGAUGUCUUGGAAACAUCGUGCGGUAGGAAAAUUCAAGUUCUGUUUACACCGGGCCACGCGGAUGAUCAUAUUUGUUUGUGGAUGAAAGACGAGCGAGUCUUAUUCAGCGGGGACAAUAUACUCGGCAAUUCCACCACUGUCAUUGAUAAUUACAACUCGUACAUGAAUUCGCUUGAGAAAAUACGUGCGCUUGGAGAUUGUUUGAUUCUUCCCGGUCACGGCGGAGUAAUUGAAAAUGGCCUCGAGCGAGUGGAAUUUUACAUCAACCACAGAAGAAUGAGAGAGAAUCAAAUUAUUGAGCAGCUUGAAAACGGAGAAAAAAGAAUUCGUGAUAUCGUGAAAGUUCUCUACGCUGAUGUUCCUGAAGUGCUUCAUCCGGCCGCCUCAAUAAACGUCGCGAUGACUCUUGAUUUACUUGUUGAAAAGGAAGCUGUUUCCAUCGUCGAUGCCGAUUCGGAAAUUUUCUGCAAAUUGUAG